CCAUGGCUUCGAGUGCAUGGUGUUUUACGGUCUCUACAUGCCGCCGUCUUUGGUGAAGGGCGAAAAGCUGAAAAGACGCUUCAGAGCAUCAGAGAAAUUGAACUUUAUGACGAUGACGUCUUUAUCUGCGCGUUUCCAAAGUGCGGCACUCACUGGGUGUGGGAAGUCGUUGAGAUGCUACGAAGUGGGGUCAUUGAAUACAGGAAGCAAGUUAAGGAAACUCAGGAGUUUGAACUAAUAUACAAAGAAGGUGUAGACGCACUACCGUCUCCGCGAACCCUGAACACUCACGUAUAUCUGCGCAUGCUCCCCAAACAGGUCGUGGAGAAGAAGAUCAAGUGUAUCCAGAUCAUGCGCAAUCCUAAAAAUGCCUGUGUGUCUUUCUUCAACCAACACAUAGAUACCCUUGCACCUGUCGGCUUUGAAGGAGACCUGGCUGAGUUUACAGAAAUAUAUUUGUCGGGCCAAAUGUUUUCCUACUCCGACUACCUCCUGACAUGGAAAGCAGAAUUGGCCAUAUCUCCAGGGCAGCCUGUAUUGGAGUUGGUCUAUGAGGACAUGAAACUUCGAAGUCGUCUACCGAUAGGAAAACGGCAAAUGAUGUUGAGAAUGACUACCAGCGGGAUGGAACCGAAACGUAGGCCGAACUUGACCGAGGAGGAGCGGCUUACGUUAGUUGAUGAGGUGCGGAGGAAGGAGGAACGGUUGUUCGGCAGAUUUAGGGGGUGUGGAGGGAAGAGGGGGGCGGCGAUGAAGGAAGAGGCAUGGGAGGAGGCAAUGGCGGCGCUAAAUGCGAAAUCGAGUCAAAUUAAACGGACGGUAGAGGAAGGGAAGAAACAGUAUGCGAACUUGAAGCAAAGAGCAAAAGAAAAGAAUGAUGCCAUCCGUCGGCCCAAAACAGGAGGAGGGCCCAAACCAGCUUCCCCAACAAUGCCAGAAGCUGCCAUCCUGGAGACUAUGGGGGGAAGGGCAACUCUGAGUGGUCUAGCAGGAGGCAUAGACACUGAAGGUAUAACUUAUUUCAACUGA